GCCGGCCCCCGCCCGGAGGAGCAGGAGGAGGAGGAGAGGUCGGAGUCGUCUCCAGGAGCCCUUAGAGACAGAGUCCCCGGCAGCGGCGGUGGCGGCAGGGGCAGCGCAUCGGCAGGCAAAUUCAUUCCAUCACCUAAAACCUGGUGACGGUGGGCCACACAGAGUCUUACUGGUGAAAACCAUUAACUGAAGAUGUCGAGCAAGACAGCCAGUACCAACAAUAUUGCCCAGGCACGGAGGACUGUGCAGCAGUUGAGAAUGGAAGCUUCCAUCGAGAGAAUAAAGGUUUCAAAGGCGUCAGCAGACCUCAUGUCCUACUGUGAGGAACAUGCCAGGAAUGACCCUCUGCUGAUGGGGAUACCAACUUCAGAAAACCCCUUCAAGGAUAAGAAGACCUGCACCAUCUUAUAGAGAAGUAGCGAAGUGGAUCCUCCCCUCUUCUCAACAAAGCAAAUGAUGAGCAGCUCCUUGAAAAGAUUUACCUUCAGCUUAUUUGGUAACCACUGCUAAUAACGAAAAUGCUCUUAACUUGGAAUUAUGGACUCUGAAGUCUUUACCUUCCAGGUUUUUCUUUCUCUAAAAUGCCUUUUACUGAAUUAAUCCAGAAUAAUAAUCUUGUUUUCCAUUUGUUAACUACGGUGUCCUAUUAGUUACUGCUGAAGGAAAGUUGGUCUGGCCUUUAAAAAGAAAACAAAUACAUCAGUGAUCCAGUUAAAACCUAAAUUACCUAAGCAGUCGUCUAGAUUAAAAUGCCAAGGAUAACUGGUCCUAAAAUUUUUGUCGUAGUCUAUUCUUAAUAGAGUUGUGCCAAUCUGUACAGUAUAUGUGGGUGAGAAAUGUUUUGUGUAUAUAUAUGUGUGUGUUUGUAUAUACACAUCUCAAAGCUUAUUUCCCAAUUAAAAUGUCUCUCCCUCCAUACUAUCAGUUCAACUCCAGAAGUUAUACCUUUAUCUCAAGCUGUGUGUAGGUAGAAUUAAACUCUUUUCUUGUAGUUAUUGUACAAAAAGAACACUCUACAGCCUAUAUUCAUCGUAGUUGAGUAAUGAAGUCAUCUCUCUCCUCUUAAAACCGUGCUGACCUGCCAAUCAAAAAUUUUAAACUGAACUGAAAGCCCUUUUAUAAUACGAGCAUUCUUUCACCCAGGGAUUUCAGGUUUCAGCGAUCCCGAAUCUAUCUAGGAAAGGGGAGGCAGCCCUUGGGGGCACCCUGGGCAGCUGUGCCGCAGGGCUCAUGGUCUCUGAUUGGAGGUAGACCCCUGAAAUUCCUACUCUAACGAUGGGAACUAGAGAGAGCAGCCGUGCGCCCGGGCCAGAGCAGAGCAGGAAUGCGUGAAAACCAGCUGCUCUUCGUGGCCUAACUUUGUGAUUUAGCUCGCUUUCUCUGCCUUCCCUCUUAUCUUUCCUCUGCAGCCAGAUCAUGUCUUCAGAGUUAAUGUCCACCUCCCCAGCCCCAAGUGGGUAGAUCAUGGUGGGAAAGAAGUAUACAAAGAAUGUAAAGGUAUCGGGCACGUAAGCUCUUUUCAAGUAUCUGCAGCACCUGCAUCAUCCCUACCUGGGCCUCACACCAUCAGAGGGGCUUGUUUCACUACUUGGGCUCACAGUUCCUUGAUUUUCCUCUGGGCCUGGAUAUUACUGCCACACACACCCAGAAUGGCUAGUGGGGAUCCCCAAAGAAGGUUGUCUCCUGUGGCAGAGGGCAUAUUGUUCACUAAGAGGAGGAGAGGGUAUUUCUAAACAUUUAUUUAUGGGCCCAAACCAUGCACCAGACCUUUGCUAUUUUAAUUCAGCUUCCAUUCAUUAAACAUUACUAAUGAAAAGUUAAAAGUAUUCUCAGAAAGGAUUCAACCCUGAGAAGGAAUUAUUUACAAUGGUUUUCCCUAGUUCUGUACAGUCUUGCCCUGCAGUGCAAGCCCGUUUUUAAAUCUAACACCUGAGCUUUGAGUAUUAUGUUAAUUGUGGGUGAACAAAUACAGUGCUGUUUUCAGACUGCUCAGAUCUAUUCCGUAUUUCUGCAAGUCGCCUAUCCAGCAUUGUGAACUGCCCUCCCUCUUCCAGGAUCAUGUGGAAAUCAUGCCACUGCCCUUACCUUCUUGUCAUCCACACUUGGUUCUGCAAAGGGCCCAGUUUCCAAGGGUGUUAUAGGCACCUGUUGGUGGAGAAAGGUUUUUCCUUUCAAAAGGUGAAAUUUGAAAUAUACACUAAGACAACUUUACAUGUACUGCAUCACUUAAUGAGACAUUCCUUUCUUUUUAAUAAGUGUAUUUUUCUACUGAUAGUUUCAGAACACUAAUCUUAUUUUCACUCUGAUUUUUACCAUGUUUCUUUGAAUAUUUAUAAUGUAGCUUGUUACAAAAUAUUUUCAUGAAAUUACUUUUAUUAUACUGUUAUAUACACAUUUUUGGUAGGAAGCAUAGUUUAUUCUUUAGUACUAAAACAUGUUCUUUUCCCUAUUAGAAAACAAGUAUGGUUUGCUAUAUAUUUGUUAAUAUGCUUGUAGUGGUAAGGAAUGGACUUGAGGUCCCGGGAGAUUUUUUUUAUUUUUGCUAGCCAGAUAUCGUAAAGGCUACAAGUAUGAACAUCGUAUAACUUCCUAACCAGGUGUAGGGCAUGUUUAAGAAAAGUGAUAUCAAGUCCUUUGAUGCUGGACCCAAGGGGGAAAAAAUUGUAGCUAAGUGUUGAUUUACUUUUUAUGAGACGUCUAUGUGAGAAAAAUAUAAUAUAUGUAUACAUAUAUUUGAUAUGCAGAAGUCACUUUUAUUUAUCAGGCUUUAUUCUACUAGUAAAGCCACAGUUUAACUAUUAGACAGCAGCUGGUUUAUAAUGAUGGACAAAUGCCCAAUAUGUGUUAUUAUUUCCAAACUACCACUAUAAUGACACAAUCACUCAUGUACAUGCAACUUCCUGGCUUCAUAUCUAUGAGGCUAUUUAAAUAUGUUCACUAUACUUUGUCUUUAAUUCUGCUUCUAUUAACAAUGAUCUCUUUUUCCACUGAUUCUUCUUUAGUUCAUCAUUAAUCUGUCCAAUUGACACCUCAGGACCAUGGCAAGAAUUUCAUGACUCCAAAGUAUUUUACAAAUACACACUUUUUUUUAAAACAGAGAGAAACACUUUCUAUACCAUGUGGUUCACAAGCUGUAGGUUUUUUCUAAAAAGAAUCAGGUUUUUACAUUUCCUUAUUAUUAAAAUGAAAAGUGCCAUACUAACCCCUUAAAGCAAAGACCUAAUUUGCUUUCUCUCUAUUGGGACUAUUUUUGUACUUUACUAAUCUUUCAACUAUCCAAAAAAAAAAAAAAUUAUACCAAUGAUUUAGUAAUUUUGAGGCAUAAAGUUAGUUUAGGUAGUGGAAGAUGUGCCAAACUUUCCCUCCAUAUGCCUUUGUCUCAAUUUACAACUAAGAUAGUGUCAUCUGAGUGAUUACACUGAAUUUUAAGAGUUAUAUAGGCCUAAGAAGUGAAUCACAGUACAUGUCGGUCCUUUCUCAAUAAAUGUAAUACCAGAGUGUGUUAUGACUGUAUUGACUUUUAUGGUAGAUCUGUUAAUAGAAAAAAAAAAAUACAUUGAAUUAAGUAAAGUUAUCUGUAUGUUAAAAUAGAGCACUUACCUAGAGCUGGGUGUCCUGGAUCGCUGUCUAGCCAAUCCUGUGCUCCUGUGUUGUGUGACUUUGGACAAGGCACUCCAUCUCUCUGAGCCUCCAUUUCACCAUCUGUAAAAUAAGGGGCUUGAAGUAGCUGAUGGCUGAUACCCUCUUGUUCCGUCCAGUGGCCUACCCCUCUACUGGUCCUGCCAACAUGUUGGUGCUAUACGCUGCUUCAAAUAUAAAAUCGGUUUGUCUAUUGUGUGUGCUCAUUUAAUAGCUUAUGAAAGGCCUUUUUGUUAUAUGGCUUUUUUUUUCUAGUUUUAUGAACUUGAUUACUGUAAUAAAGUCUUGUUUGUAGCCAUGUAACUAUAAACAUAGUCUCUUGAUGUCUCAGUAAAUUUGCAUUUGAUAUAUUAGUUGAUGGGACUGUUGUUUUAGGACAUUCUUUGACUACUUAUCUGUCCAGCAUCUUAUUAACCUAUAUAUUGUGAUCGUUGUUUGGAAAUCUGUUCUCUGGAAGGAAUAAAAGCAUUUACUUCACAGCUAAUGUGUUUGCAGAUUUGAAAAACAGUUUCAUUAAAGCACCAUUGCUCUCUUUA